UUGCCUACAUGAACUACAGAGUCCCCCGGACCAGGAAGGAGAUCUUUGAAACCCUCAUCAAGGGCCUGCAGCGGCUGGAGUACAGAGGCUAUGACUCGGCAGGUGUGGCAAUCGAUGGGAAUAAUGAUGACGUCAAAGAAAGAUACAUUCAGCUGGUCAAGAAACGGGGCAAAGUCAAGGCUCUCGAUGAAGAACUCUACAGUAAGUGGAGGGCCUCGGAGCGGGAGGAGCCAGUGCGGCACCGCCGCUUUCUAGGACUGGAUUCCAACAGCGUCGGACACUGGAGAUUUUCACUUGUCCCGGCUCAGAUACACAGAAGGAGGGUUAAGCCCAUGCUGUAAAACCGGGCUUCGCAGGGUGUGGGAUGGUUUAUUUUAGGUAGUGGCAGCACGGGGAUAAUUUUUUUAAGUGUUAAUAGUUAUAUACA